GUAGACAUAAAGGAACGGAGAAAGUCAAUGAACUCUGAUUUUCAUGACGAUCUCUUGACAUCAGAAUUCCCUUUUUGUAUAUACACGUGUCUCCUCUGAUCCUGUGGAGAUGAAAAUUGACAUCCACACUCAUAUUCUACCAAAGGAAUGGCCUGAUCUGGAAAAGAGGUUCGGCUAUGGAGGCUGGGUGCAGCUCCAGCAGCAAGGCAAGGGAGAAGCAAAGAUGAUGAAAGACGGGAAGGUCUUCAGAGUGGUCCAACAGAACUGCUGGGACCCGGAAGUUCGUAUCAGAGAAAUGGACCAGAAAGGAGUGAUGGUGCAAGCUCUUUCCACGGUCCCUGUCAUGUUUAGCUACUGGGCCAAACCUAAGGAUACUUUGGAGCUGUGCCAGUUUUUAAACAAUGACCUAGCUGCCACCGUUGCCAGAUACCCUCGAAGGUUUGUGGGUUUGGGCACGUUGCCUAUGCAAGCCCCGGAGCUGGCCGUCGAGGAGAUGGAGCGCUGUGUGAGGGAGCUAGGAUUUCCCGGAGUUCAGAUUGGCUCCCACAUCAACAUGUGGGACUUGAAUGACCCGGAACUCUUCCCUGUCUACACGGCGGCCGAAAGGCUGAACUGUUCUCUGUUUGUGCAUCCCUGGGAUAUGCAGAUGGAUGGACGAAUGGCCAAAUACUGGCUGCCUUGGCUAGUAGGAAUGCCGUCGGAGACCACCGUGGCCAUUUGUUCCAUGAUCAUGGGUGGGGUGUUUGAGAAGUUCCCCAAACUCAAAGUGUGCUUUGCACAUGGAGGUGGUGCUUUCCCCUUCACAGUGGGAAGAAUCGCCCAUGGAUUCAACAUGCGCCCAGAUCUCUGUGCCCAGGACAAUUCAUCUGACCCCAGGAAAUACCUUGGCUCCUUUUACACAGACUCUCUGGUUCACGAUCCUCGCUCUCUCAAGCUGUUGACAGAUGUCAUAGGAAAGGACAAAGUCAUUCUUGGAACUGAUUACCCGUUUCCACUAGGUGAGCAGGAGCCUGGGAAAUUGAUAGAGUCCAUGGGAGAAUUCGACAAAGAAACAAAGGAUAAACUCACAGCUGGCAAUGCCUUGGCUUUUUUGGGCCUUGAGAGAAAACUAUUUGAAUGUCAAAAUUAGCCACGAAAAAAAACCUUCCAAGAAGCUACAUUACUUCUGUCUGUGAACAUGAGUCGCACACACAUCGCUAGAAUUCUAUUUUGAAUUAUGUUACCCCAAAAUGGAAUAUCCUCCUCAGGACAAUACAGGAGGAUCAGGAAUCCAAGUUCCAGGCUAGUCUGCGCUACUUGAGACUGUCUUUUAUAAAGGGGGGUGGGGGUGGGGGAAGGGGGAUAUUAUUCCCAAAUACUCUAACUUAUUAAAAACAAGAUGUUUCAUAAGGUUUCUAUUCCGAAAUGUAAUGUACUGAAAAGCAGUACAUUGUUACAUAUGCAAGUCAAAACUAUUUAAUUUGGAGAUUAAGAAUUAAUGUACAAUUGAUGAUGUACAUAGAAAAAGAUCCAACACCAGCCUUAUUCUAGAAGGCUCAGGUGGGUUCUUUACUUUGACCAAAGAAAUGGGAAUUGUGCCCAAAUAAUCUGUUUUUUCCUGUUGUAACCCUCUCCGAUAGUCUAGUCAUUCACUGUGAAUGUUUUUGUCUGCAUAAACUACACACAGGCUAUGCACAAACUCAAACGUUCCAAAAGCCAGUUAAGACAGCAAGGCAAAUGCUCAUGGAAUAAUUGCUGAGUGAUCCAACACAAAGCUCAAAAAUACUUCAGUAAAAUGUGUUGUAGUCUCCCAGAAUCUGGCAGAUCUUAGAAGUCAGGCUGAGUACAGGAGGAUGGACGGACGGACACCUCUUUAAAAACAAGAAGAUGGUGGGCUGGACAUGGUAGUGUGUGCCUCUAAUGUCAGCACUCAGGAGGCAGAGGCAGACAAUGGAUUUCUGCUUGAGGCUAACCUGGUCUUCAUAGCAAGCUCCAGGCUAGUUGGCCAAGGAUACAUAGGGAGACUCUGUCUCAAAAAUAAAUAAGUAAUAAAUAAGCAAACAGAAGAGGGAAGAUAGAGGAAAAAGCUACAGGGACAGAGGUGUGGUUUCAGAGUGAAUGAAACUCAUUCUUAAGGGAAUUUCAUCUGUAAGUUUAUUUUUACAGAGCAGGAGAUAGAGAGAGCUCUGGGGACUAAGUGGGUAACACCAUGACACCUUGUUCCAGGCCCUCCGUUCUACCCGAGUCACUGCAAAGGAACUUGAACCUGAGACAGGGUAGCAGACGGCAUCUCUCCUUCACAGCAAAUUAUUUCUCCAUGCCAUAGUCUUAACUUGGGACUCAUACUUCCUUUUCUUCCCACAAAAAACCAGGAUCACUACUAAUGUGUACCUUGUGGUGACUCUUCAACAGAGAAAGAGGAGAUCUAGUUAAUACUUGCUGACUCCUGUUCUGUUAUUUUCACCAUCUGUGCUUCAAUGCCCCUCUCCUUCCUGUUCCUCUUGUUUUCUAGAGUUUUCCCCAACUAUCAUUCUACUUACUACUCCAAUCUGUCUUGAAAGAAAAAAUAAAU